AUGACGCUGAACCCCCCUGCCUCCACCGACUGGGUUGUCGACACUGGUGCCUCUACCCACAUGACUCCGGAUCCCGUACGCCAGUUCACAACAGAUAACCACUGCUCCAUUGAGUUUGACCCCUCUGGCCUUUCUUUGAAGGAUCUUCGUUCCAGGAACGUGAUCGCCAGCCGCUUCGCCACCUACUUGCUUACGCUUGGAUUUACUAAGGCUAAGUCUGACACUUCGUUGUUUAUCUACCGGCGUGGGACAGACACAGUUUACCUGCUUCUGUAUGUUGAUGAUAUCGUCUUGACUGCUUCCAGUCCAGCACUGCUUCGCAGCACUAUCUCAGCUCUGCAACGGGAGUUCUCUAUGAAAGAUCUCGGCGCCCUGCAUCACUUCUUGGGCAUUGCUGUUCAUCGGCGUCCCGACGGUCUUUUCCUCUCCCAGCAGCAGUAUAUCUUGGAUGUUUUGGAGCGUGCUGGUAUGACAGACUGCAAGCCAUGCAGCACACCUGUGGACACUCAUGCCAAAUUGUCUGCCACUGCAGGAGACCUCGUCAGUGAUGCGACUCACUACCGCAGCCUCACCGGUGCUCUGCAGUAUCUCACCUUCACUCGCCCGGACAUAUCAUAUGCCGUCCAGCAGGUCUGUCUACACAUGCAUGCCCCUCGGGAUCCUCAUCUCUCGGCUGUCAAGCGAAUAUUGCGGUAUCUUCGGGGCACGAUGCACUAUGGCCUUCUUUUACGUCCGUCUUCCCCCUCUGAGCUUGUGGUCUACACGGACGCUGAUUGGGCUGGGUGUCCGGACACUCGCAAGUCAACUUCUGGAUAUGCUGUUUUCUUGGGUGGCAACUUGAUCUCCUGGUCGUCCAAACGCCAGACGACCGUCUCCCGCUCUAGUGCAGAGGCUGAGUAUAGGGCUGUCGCCAAUGGAGUUGCUGAGACCACCUGGCUUCGACAGCUUCUUCAGGAGCUCCACAAUCCGCUUUCCAAGUCGACUCUGGUUUAUUGCGACAAUGUCAGUGCAGUUUACCUCUCUACCAACCCUGUUCAGCAUCAGCGCACGAAACAUGUGGAGAUUGACCUUCACUUCGUACGGGAACGGGUUGCUGUUGGUGACAUUCGGGUUCUUCAUGUGCCGACAUCGUCUCAGUUUGCUGAUAUCUUCACCAAGGGUCUCCCCACCUCGAUAGCCUACAGUUGA